UGGCUCCUCUAGCUCCAGGGUGUUGAGCUCCUGUUUGCAGCUUCUGGAACCAUGGCUUUCCCGGCAGGAUUCGGUUGGGGGGCAGCCACUGCAGCGUAUCAGGUGGAAGGAGGCUGGGAUGCAGAUGGAAGAGGCCCUUGUGUCUGGGACACAUUCACCCAUCAGGGAGGAGAGAGAGUUUUCAAGAACCAGACUGGCGAUGUGGCUUGUGGCAGCUACACUCUGUGGGAGGAAGAUUUGAAAUGUAUCAAACAGCUUGGAUUGACUCAUUACCGCUUUUCUAUUUCCUGGUCACGUCUGUUACCUGAUGGGACGACAGGUUUCAUCAACCAGAAAGGAAUUGACUAUUACAACAAGAUCAUUGAUGAUUUAUUAAUGAAUGGGGUUACACCUGUGGUGACACUCCACCACUUCGAUUUGCCUCAGGCUUUGGAAGACAAAGGUGGAUGGUUGUCAGAUACAAUCAUUGAAGUCUUUGACAAAUAUGCUCAGUUUUGUUUCAGUACCUUUGGGGACAGAGUCCGGCAGUGGAUCACCAUAAAUGAGCCCAAUGUUCUUUGUGCAAUGGGAUACGAUUUGGGUCACCUUGCUCCUGGUGUUCCUCACAUUGGGACUGGCGGUUAUCAGGCAGCUCAUAAUAUGAUUAAGGCUCAUGCCAGAGCCUGGCACAGUUAUGAUUCUUUAUUCCGGGAAGAGCAGAAGGGUAUGGUGUCCCUAUCGCUUUUUUGUAUCUGGCCGGAACCGGCAAACCCCAACUCAGAGUUGGACCAGAAAGCUGCUGAAAGAGCCAUCAACUUCCAAUUUGAUUUCUUUGCUAAACCUAUAUUCAUUGAUGGCGAUUACCCUGCACUUGUCAAGUCCCAGAUUGCCUCCAUGAGUGCAAAGCAAGGCUAUCCAUCAUCAAGGCUUUCUGAAUUCACAGAAGAAGAGAAGAAAAUGAUCAAAGGCACUGCUGAUUUCUUUGCUGUGCAAUAUUACACAACUCGCUUCAUCAGGCACAAGGAGAAUAAGGAAGCAGAACUUGGCAUUCUUCAGGAUGCAGAGAUUGAAGCUUUCCCAGACCCUUCGUGGAAAGGUGUGGGGUGGGUCUACACCGUGCCAUGGGGAAUACGUAAGCUGCUGAAAUAUAUUAAGGACGCGUAUAAUAACCCUGUAAUUUACAUCACUGAGAAUGGGUUUCCCCAGUCUGACCCCCCAGCUAUUGAUGACACUGAGCGCUGGGAAUGUUUCAGACAGACAUUUCAGGAACUGUUCAAAGCUAUCCAUGUUGACAAAGUUAAUCUUCAGCUAUACUGUGCAUGGUCUCUUCUGGAUAAUUUUGAGUGGAACAGUGGAUACAGCCAACGGUUUGGUCUCUUUCAUGUUGAUUUUGAAGAUGCAGCUAGACCUCGAGUCCCUUAUACCUCAGCCAAGGAGUACGCCAAAAUCAUCCUAAACAAUGGCCUGGAAAGACCUCAGUAGAGAAGGUCCCCAGCGAAUGUACCCCAAAGAAGAGGCCUCUGCCCCGGGAAAGGCAGUCUGCUUUGGUGAUGAUCUCUCAGAUGAUUUCAAAUUGCCUCUGUACCAGCUGAUUUGUAAUUAGGAGGUUUUACUAUGCAGUGUCUAGGAAUGUGUUUAAGAAUGCCCUCUAAUUUAUUUGUAUUUUAAUUGAUUUUUUUUACAAUAUAAUUGAUUUUUCAGAUAAAAAAUCAGAUUUGGAAAAAUUCCAUUUAAGCCCUUAAAUUUUUCUAGAAAAAUAAUGCAAA